AAUUAGACAAAUAUCAAUCUAACUUUUCAUUGUUGUUGAAUUGAACACUCUUGUUGUUGAGUCAAUUCCGAACAAUCGGCUGUUAGAUCAGUUGAGAGGAAGGCGUUUCCCAUCAUGCUCCGGGUCUUGCAGUCGGUGGAGAGCAAAUGCUCCUGAUGUCCUGAAGUUGUUGAAUCAGACAUGGAGAAACAACUCAUUGUAGCUGUCUGUGAGCAGCCGGAGCUCUAUAGGAACUCGUUUUUUGCAAAGAAACCGUACGAAAAAAGAGCUUUCCUAGGGAAAAGUAUCCGGGGAAAUUGGACUAACGUUAUCUGGUGUGGGUUGGUACUGUGUAUGGUUCUAGUUUUGCUGGUGUUGGUGAUAGUCUUUGUACCAUGGUUUGAGACAGAGACCAGCAAACCUCUGGCUUGGCACGUCAACAAUGCACAUAAAAAGCAGGUGCACGAGCACGUGCACAGAGUUUUGAAGAGUCCGUGUCGUCCCGGCAGCGCCAGGAGGAGCUUGUUAGCUCGACUUCGUGAUACCACUCACAUGACCCAGCCCUUCCUGUGGAGGGACGAUCCGCUCCCUGAUGACCUCUUCCUGUAUCCGCCGCCAUUUGGCUUCAGAAGUCUUCGGGGCAAUGUAGAGGACCUGCUGAAGCUGCUGCCAGAAGGAGACUCCACGGCACCGCCUGAAAAGACGGAUAAGUGUCGCCGCUGUGUGGUUAUGGGAAAUGGAGGCAUUCUCAGAGGCCUGGAGCUGGGCCCACUGAUCAACCGCUUUGACACCAUUAUCAGGUUAAACAGUGGCCCUCUGGGAGAGUUCAGUGUCGACGUCGGAAAUAGAACCAGCAUCAGGAUGAGUUACCCAGAGGGAACACCGCACCGCUGGAUCGACACAGACCCAGACACUGUGUUUGUAGCUGUGGUGUAUAAACGUGUGGACAUCAGCUGGAUCUCUGCUAUGAUGAAGAAACUCACUGUGCCUCUGUGGGACUGGUUCUUCUUCUGGCAGAAGGUUCCAGAUCAAAUCCCUCUUGAGCCCCACAGGUUCAGACUUCUAAACCCAGAAAUCAUCAAAGAGACUGCGUUGGACCUGCUGGAAUACCCUCCACCCAGACAACGCCUGUGGGGAAGCGACCAGAAUGUGCCUACCAUGGGUAUCUCUGCACUGAAUUUAGCCAGUCUGCUGUGUGACGAGGUGAGCCUGGCGGGCUUCAGCUACAACCUGUCCCGGCAGGGGGCGCCACUGCACUACUAUGACCACCUGCACAUAAACGCCAUGCUGAAGCAGACUUCCCACAACGUGGACAGAGAGACGGAACUCCUGCUAAGCCUAGUGAGAGAGGGAGCCGUCACUGACCUGACACAGGGGAUCCACUGCUCCUUCUGCCCCAUAUCAAAAGACAUUCCUAGUAAGCAGACUAAACUGUACCAAACCUCUUCUUCCACUGGUGUUAAAGACGUAUUGUCCACUUCCAAAUAAAAUGAGGUUAACAACAGAGCAAAUGUAUCGGUAAUUAAAGUUCCAGAGGAAUGUGAUGAAUGACUUACACGUGGCUUGAUCUGCGAGAUGCGUUUUAAGGACAUUUUCGAAGCAGCUGUCAAAUACAUGAAGUAUUUGAAAAAUUAUUCCUUCGCAGUUUAAUUUUUUUAGUUUUAAAGGUUUUAAAUGUGUUAAGUUCAUACUGGUAUUUAUCAGCACAUCUAUCUCAUUCCAUUAUAAAUUAGCAACAUAACUUUACGGUUACUUUGUUUGUUCUGUCUAUGGUUGUACAAAUGCUGAUUCACAAGAACUCUGAUUUGUGUAUGUGUGUGUAUAUAUAUAUAUAUAUAUAUAUAUAUAUAUUAAACUUGCUAUGGUGCAGUUUAUUUUUAUUUUUCUACGACGUUUUUGGAUUUGUGUCAGUCUUAAUUCACUGUACUGCUGUUAGACAAUGUAAUUAUGAAAAUGUACAUAUGGGGGAAAUAAAUGCAAAGAGUAAUUGAGUGUUUA